AUGUAGAGAUGGUUAAAAAUUGUGUUUGGAGUUGCCACCUCUGCCGUGCUUGCUUUAUUGGUAAUGUGCAUUGUCUUACAUCCUUUAAGAGUUCAGAACUCAGAAAAAAGUACAAGAAGAGCACUCACAUUGAAGGAUAUUUUAAAUGGGACAUUUUCUUAUAAAACAUUCUUUCCAAACUGGAUUUCAGGACAAGAAUAUCUUCAUCAAUCCACAGAUGAUAAUAUAAUACUCUAUAAUAUUGAAACAGGAGAAUCAUAUACCAUUUUGAGUAAUACCACCAUGAAAACUGUGAAUGCUUCGAAUUAUGGCUUAUCACCUGAUCGACACUUUGCAUAUCUAGAAAGUGAUUAUUUAAAGCUUUGGAGAUAUUCUUACACAGCAACAUAUCACAUCUAUGACCUUACAAAUGGAGAGUUUGUAGGAAGAAAUGAGCUUCCUCAUCCAAUUCAGUAUUUAUGCUGGUCGCCUGUUGGGAGUAAAUUAGCAUAUGUCUAUCAAAACAAUAUCUAUUUGAAACAAAGACCAGGAGACCCACCUUUUCAAAUAACAUAUAAUGGAAAAGAAAAUAAAAUAUUUAAUGGAAUCCCAGACUGGGUUUAUGAAGAGGAAAUGCUUGCUACAAAAUAUGCUCUUUGGUGGUCUCCUAAUGGAAAAUUUUUGGCGUAUGCAGAAUUUAAUGAUAUGGAGAUACCAGUUAUUGCCUAUUCCUAUUAUGGAGAUGAACAAUAUCCCAGAACGAUAAAUAUUCCAUACCCAAAGGCUGGAGCUAAGAAUCCUGUUGUUCGGGUAUUUAUUAUUGAUGCCACUUACCCUGACUAUGUAGGUCCCAGAGAAGUGCCAGUUCCAGCAAUGAUAGCCUCGAGUGAUUAUUAUUUCAGUUGGCUCACAUGGGUUACUGAUGAUCGAAUAUGUUUGCAGUGGCUAAAAAGAAUCCAGAAUGUUUCAGUCUUGUCUAUAUGUGAUUUCAGGGAAGACUGGCAGAUAUGGGAUUGUCCAAAGACCCAGGAACAUAUAGAAGAAAGCAGAACUGGAUGGGCUGGUGGAUUCUUUGUUUCAACACCAGUUUUCAGCUAUGAUGCUAUUUCAUACUACAAAAUAUUUAGCGACAAGGAUGGCUACAAACAUAUUCACUAUAUCAAAGACACUGUGGAAAAUGCUAUUCAAAUUACAAGUGGCAAGUGGGAGGCCAUAAAUAUAUUCAGAGUAACGCAGGAUUCACUGUUUUAUUCUAGCAACGAAUUUGAAGGCUACCCUGGAAGAAGGAAUAUCUAUAGAAUUAGCAUUGGAAGCUAUCCUCCAAGCAAGAAGUGCAUUACUUGCCAUCUAAGGAAAGAAAGGUGCCAAUACUACACAGCAAGUUUCAGUGACUACGCCAAGUAUUACGCACUUGUCUGCUACGGCCCAGGCCUCCCCAUUUCCACCCUUCAUGAUGGCAGAACCGAUCAAGAAAUUAAAAUCCUGGAAGAAAACAAGGAAUUGGAAAAUGCGUUGAAAAAUAUCCAGCUGCCUAAAGAGGAAAUAAAGAAACUUGAAGUGGAUGAAAUUACUUUAUGGUACAAGAUGAUUCUUCCUCCUCAAUUUGACAGAUCAAAGAAGUAUCCCUUGCUAAUUCAAGUGUAUGGUGGUCCCUGCAGUCAGAGCGUAAGGUCUGUAUUCACUAUUAGUUGGAUAUCUUACCUUGCAAGUAAGGAAGGGCUAGUCAUUGCCUUGGUGGAUGGUCGAGGAACAGCUUUCCAAGGUGACAAACUCCUUUAUGCAGUAUAUCGAAAGCUGGGUGUUUAUGAAGUUGAGGACCAGAUCACAGCUGUCAGAAAAUUCAUAGAAAUGGGUUUCAUUGAUGAAAAAAGAAUAGCCAUAUGGGGCUGGUCCUACGGAGGUUAUGUUUCAUCAUUGGCCCUUGCUUCGGGAACUGGUCUUUUCAAAUGUGGGAUAGCAGUGGCUCCAGUCUCCAGCUGGGAAUAUUACGCAUCUAUCUACACAGAGCGAUUCAUGGGUCUCCCAACAAAGGAUGAUAAUCUCAAGCACUAUAAAAAUUCAACUGUGAUGGCAAGAGCAGAAUAUUUCAGAAAUGUAGACUAUCUUCUCAUCCACGGAACAGCAGAUGAUAAUGUGCACUUUCAAAACUCAGCACAGAUUGCUAAAGCUCUGGUUAAUGCACAAGUGGAUUUCCAAGCAAUGUGGUACUCUGACCAGAACCACGGCAUAUCCGGCCUGUCCACGAAGCACUUGUACACCCACAUGACCCACUUCCUAAAGCAAUGUUUUUCUUUGUCAGACUAA